GGCGUGGCCUCCCUGCUACUUCCGGGUUCGUGGCAGCCAUGGCGUCCGGGGCGGCCGCGGGCCCCGCCGGGCAGGGUGGAGAUGCUGCCGACGAGCUCUUCGACGUGAAGAACAGCUUCUACAUCGGGGCCUACCAGGCCGCCAUCAACGAGGCGCAGCGGGUGAAGCCAUCCAGCCCGGAGAAGGAAGUGGAGCGGGAUGUCUUCUUAUUCCGAUCCUACAUCGCCCAGAGAAAGUACGGUGUCGUCCUGGAUGAAAUCAAAGGCAGUGCUAGUCCCGAGCUCCAGGCAGUGAGGAUGUUUGCAGAAUACCUUUCAAAUGAGAGCCAAAGGGAUGCAAUCGUUGCUGAUUUGGACAAGAAAAUGUCAAAAAGUGUUGAUGUCACUAACACUACUUUCUUGCUGAUGGCUGCUUCCAUCUAUUUCCAUGACAAGAACCCCGAUGCAGCUCUGCGUGCUCUGCACCAAGGGGAGAGCUUGGAGUGCAUGGCCAUGAUGAUACAGAUUCUCCUGAAGCUUGACAGGCUGGAUCUGGCUCGCAAGGAGCUGAAGAAGAUGCAAGAGCAAGAUGAGGAUGCAACUCUUACACAGCUGGCAACUGCCUGGGUGAACCUUGCAGUAGGUGGUGAGAAGUUACAAGAUGCCUAUUACAUCUUCCAAGAGAUGGCAGACAAAUGCUCCUCCACCCUCCUCCUCCUCAAUGGACAGGCAGCCUGCUAUAUGGCUCAGGGCAAGUGGGACGAUGCAGAGGGAGUACUUCAAGAGGCACUGGACAAGGACAGCGGCCAUCCCGAGACCCUGAUCAACUUUGUUGUCCUGUCCCAGCACCUGGGCAAACCACCAGAGGUUACGAAUCGCUAUUUGUCACAGUUGAAAGAUGCACAUAAGAACCAUCCAUUCAUAAAGGAGUAUCAGGCAAAGGAGAACGACUUUGACCGGCUGGCCAUGCAGUAUGCCCCCAGCGCCUGAGGAGAGGGCAGCGAGGCUGCGGCGCUGCUCUGUGGGACCUUGAGAACUGGGGUGGAUGUGCAGAGCCUCUCUGCUAAUGUGGAAAAGUGCCCUCUGCGAGUCAGCCUGGCUCGCCUCGCCGUGGUGGGGUCUUACAAACCAGCGAGCCGACGCUAAACCAGUAUAGAGCGUGUGGCUACUUGAGUCUGGUAGCUAAAAAGCCAGGGUUCUGGCUUGCCUUGGGCCUGAACACUGUUUGAAAUACAGUGUGAACCAAAAGUAUGUGAUGCUGUACCUUACACAUUCCCAAUAAAGCCUUUUCGGGAUC